AAAAUUCCCAAUAAACCCAAAUGGGUUGCUACCAAAUUGAAAUUGUGCUUUGAAUAGAGAAAGCAUUCGUGCAAAUUAUCAAUAUUUCUCCAGUCUCCAAUCAUUGCAAUUUGUUAUAGGAUACAGUGUCCAAAAUAUCCAGUGAAUUAGAGUUAAUUUCUUCACUUUCUCUUAUCUUUUGUCUCUUGGUAUCUCUUUUUGAAUCCCAUUAUAAUCAUAGAAAACCACGAGAAAUAAAGAGAUAUUUCCCAUAAUUUUGAUGCCUUUAAAUUGCUCGAUAAGCUUGGCUACCAAAGUCCCACAUAUUCUGGGACAAGGAAGAAGGUACGCGCCCAACCAUUUUGGCAAAACUUCUUGCUUCCUCACUUACAGUCGGAAUUAUCAAAACAAGUCUCUUCAAAUUGUCUCUCUUUCCAAAUUAAACCAAACCCAAAAUUAUACUUCUUCAAUAAUGGAGGAACCCAAAAGUUUGGACCUUUUAUCUGGAAAACCAGAAAAAUACUCCAAAGAAAUUGAUAUUGCUGUCAGAGCUGUGCAAAUGGCAUGUUCUCUUUGCCAGAAAGUGCAGGACAGUAUCAUUUCUAAAUCCAAUAAUCAGGUCCAAUCCAAGGAUGACAAUUCUCUCGUCACUGUAGCAGAUUGGAGCGUCCAAGCGACUGUUAGCUGGAUACUAUGCGAGUCCUUGGGAAGUAGGAAUGUCUCAAUAGUAGCUGAAGAAGAUGUUGAAACUCUUUCCAAGACUCAUAAAGCUGGCCUAUUAGAAGCUGUAGUUCAAACAGUGAAUGAAUGUCUAGCUGAAGCACCUCGGUUUGGUCUUAAUGCUCCAGGAGUGGCUCUCACAACAUCAGAGGUUCUUGAAGCCAUCAGUCAUUGCAACUCAUCUGGGGGUCCUAUUGGAAGAUUUUGGGCACUUGAUCCUGUUGAUGGUACAUUAGGUUUUGUACGUGGAGAUCAAUAUGCCGUUGCAUUAGCAUUGAUAGAGGAGGGAGAGGUUGUGCUUGGAGUUCUUGGUUGUCCUAAUUAUCCGAUGAGAAAGGAAUGGUUAAAUUAUCACCACCGCUACCAUAGAAUUAUAUCUAAGCUAACCCCACCGACAUCUGAAUCUUGGGACAAAGGCUGUGUGAUUUAUGCAGGUAAAGGUAGUGGAGAAGCCUGGAUGCAACCUCUACUCCAAGGAAAUAAGAAGCUUGUAUGGCCAAAUUCUGCAAGACCAGUUCGAGUAUCCUCCAUCAACAAUCCAGCAUUGGCUACCUUUUGUGAACCAGUAGAGAAGGCAAAUUCAAGCCACUCCUUCACUGCAGGACUAGCUCACAGCAUGGGGCUUAGAAUGCAACCAUUACGAGUUUACAGCAUGGUGAAGUAUGCAGCCAUAGCUCGGGGAGAUGCAGAGAUAUUUAUGAAGUUUGCAAGGGCUGGCUACAAGGAGAAGAUUUGGGAUCAUGCAGCUGGUGCUGUUAUAAUACAAGAGGCAGGUGGUGUGGUUACUGAUGCUGGAGGGCGUCCACUAGACUUUUCGAAAGGAAUGUACUUGGAUGGUCUUGAUAGAGGCAUAAUCGCUUGUGCCGGACCCGUAUUACAUGACAAGAUCGUUGAAGCUGUUGAUGCUAGCUGGAAUUCCUCUAGUCUGUAAAAUUUCAUUGGAGCCACCACGAAUAAAAUUUGUUCUGUAAUUUUUCUUCCUCUUGUUUAUGGAGCAGCAGCAAGGCUCUGAGUUUUCAAUUUAUGUCUAGCACAAAUACUCUAUUGUAAAGUUUUGUAAAUUCUAUGUUUCACCAAUCCUCUGUAUCUAAGAAGUCUCUACUGUAGAUACUUAGACAGCCAGUCUGCAUAUUUAUGAGAGCACCCAGCUCCCUGUUCCUGAA